GAUAACAUUUAUAAUAAAUAUGCAACUAAGUAUAUUGAGAUACCACAAAGAAGAGAAGAUUUUAUACAGUUCAUGAAAAUAAAUGUAGAAGAAGCUAGUGGCAUUGUUAAAUAUUUUAGAAAGUGGCAAUCUGAUCUCAAACAAUAUGACAAAGUAUUUGAAUUCUUUGAAUUUAAGAAUCGAUCCUCAAUUGAAGAAAUUAGUAAAAUUGCAAAUAAUACAGAAUCAGCAUUCAAUAAAGAUGCUUGCUAUUUUUUGUAUAAGCACUAUUAUUACUCUGAACUAGCUGAAGAAGGAGCUACUUAUAAAUACUACAAUAAAAUAACAAUACUUGGUAUUGAUAAAAAUAAUAAAGAAUGGACCACUCGAGAAAUUAAGAAGCAUGACAUAUCAAAUUAUGAACAUUUAUUAUCUGAUAUAAAUAUUAUGAAAUAUAUAUAUCAAAAAAGACAGUUAAGAAGUGAGAAAAUUAAACUUAGUGUAAAUAAUGAUUAUCAAAUUGGACAACCUAAAGUUUAUGCAUUAUCUCAGAAAUACUGGGGCAAAGAGAUUGAGUACUCAGUCUUAAGUAAGAUAGUUAAUGAGUGGGGCCCAGAAGUACGCAAAAUUGGUUUAGAAGAAAGUUUUGAUAAACAGAAUAAGCAAAAGAUUCAAGAAAUAUUUCAAUUUAAUGGUAAAGAAUUAGAGAAAUUCUGUACUAUAGUCAGACCUAUAAAUGUUAGUUCAUGGUAUAUUCUCAAGAAAGUUGGCUUUAAACUAUCACGAGCAGAAAUAUCAAUUAAUUUUGAUGAUAAAGGUUAUGAUUUACUAACUUUAGAUAACUUACUAAAUUAUUGUGAAAAACUUGAAGAAUUUAUUAAUAUACUUUAUAACAAUAGAGUGAUAGAAGCUGAUAAGCUUUAUACUUAA